GGAAACGUGCCCGGAAGCGUACGGAAAGAGAAAUGUCAGUGGCAAGGUACACGUAUCGUCUUACGUGACAGAUCGAGUCGCGCUUCGUCGCAUCGUUUCACCGCGCGUUCUAUAAUCAUCGUCCUCUAAAGUGAUUCCAAGAGCGCGAUUAUCGCGAUGACGCUACUGCGACAAAGUACAUGCCUCCCUCCCCGUGAAAGCAGUAGCAGUAGAAUAGAUCGAUAAGAUGACUUCAAGUUCCUUCGCGAGCUUGAUAUGAACGCUGGCAGGGUACCAACAUGUCUUCUACUGUUCCGACUACCUUCUAGGUAGAAGUUCUAAGUAGGAGCGACAUGGCAGCGCAGAGUAUUUUAGAAGCGUUUAUAAUAAAAUGUGAUAAUAAUAAUAAUAAACUAUUGGGUUGAGUAAAAAGUAAUUUCGUAUUUUGGGUAGAUGUCAUUAAGAAAAAAUAUUGGCAGCUAACUUCACUCAAGAUGUGACAUUACCAUUGUUUUUCGAAAGGUUAUGUUUCCCUGUGUGUACAAAGUCAUCAUUCAUCAAAAUCGAUUCAGUAGUUUGUAUUUAGUGGCAUUGUAAACAUGGAGCAAAACAAGCAGUAUUUUCGGUAUUUGAUGCUUUUUUAUUUUCACAAAGGGAAAAACGCAACGCAAACUAAAGAAAAGAUAUGUGCCGUGUAUGGGGAGGAUGCCGUAAGCGAACGUGUGUGCCAAAACCGGUUUGCGGAAUUUCGUGCUAGUGGUACGACAUGUGAAGAUGGAAAGCGCUCAGGUAGGCCAUUGGUUGCAGAUGAUGAUCAAAUCAAGACGGUGAUUGAAAAUAAUCCACAUUAUACGACACGAGAUAUCGCACAAAUUGUCAGCGUAUCUCAGAAGACCGUUGUGAACCGCUCGGACACACUUGGCUACGUGUCUCGGUUCGAUGUUUGGGUACCUCAUAAUUUGACUGAAAAUAAUUUAAUGGACCGCAUCUCCAUCUGCGAUUCAUUGCUCAAGCGCAACGAAAACAAUCCAUUUUUAAAACGAAUAGUAACGGGCGACGAAAAGUGGAUUGUAUACAAGAAUGUUGAGCGCAAAAGAUCGUGGGGGGAGCGAGAUGAACGCGGCAAACCACACCAAAGCAAAACAUACACACAAAAAGAGUCAUAUUGUGUAUUUGGUGGGAUUGGAAAGGAAUCAUAUUGGGUCAUUAAGUAUGAAACUUUACAGAUGUAAAAGCGCCAUCUU